AUGCCAAGCUCUGCCUCCUCAGGAGUUCUGCCGGGGCCGCGCUCGACGCAGCCCAAGCUGACGCGGGACGAUUCUUUUGCGUCAUCAAUGAGUCUCUACAGCAACGCGAGCCACGGUAGCUUCCAUACUUCCGAGCGUACUCACGAACACUUCUCGCCAGUCGAUCAAUAUCAAUGUCUCUCACGGCCCGCCACAACAUUGCCCGACAGAAAAUUGCAUGGCCAUUUGAUGCCAUCCGAGUCCAAGUCAUCGACCUGGAAUGCGCAAAGGUCCGAUACCAGUACCUGUCGCUCGCUAUUUCUCAGCCCGUCUGCUGAGAGAGAUAAAGUCGAUAACCUCGUCAAAAUACCUGUUCAAUUGACCGCAUCGUCUCCGAUUUCAUGCACUUCCACAGCUGGGCCCUCUCCUAUAGAGCCUGUGUUGCGUCUUCGGGACUUCCCUCCCAACGCCCACGAGAGUGACUGGGAAACAGUGGCAAGUGAACAUCUCUUCUCCAGACAAAAAAUGCAACAAUUCCAAACGAACAUGGAGGCUGGUAGCAGCGUGGCAGAUGUGUCCGACACAAUUAGUUACGACUAUUUCGGAACAAGCCACCAUCCGCCCGUGUCAUACACGACUGGACCUGGGUAUGGCGCUGCCCGGAAACCAAACAGACGAAUUACCACGAGAUCUCGGUUACAAGCGGCAAUGCGCCGCGUUUCCAGCUCUCUUGACGGCAUCACUGCCUCUCGGGAACGUAAUGGCCAAGUCUUUGAGAUGAGAGACUUCAACCUCAGCUUUGACAGCUUGGAUUCGACGGCGUCUUCUGAGUUCUUUGGUAGCGGUAAUCACUGGCAGGGCUUCGAGGCUUCCAAGGACCCUCAGAGGGUUUUGUUUGCAGAAGUCCCCCCAACAGACGGACAUGGCAGCGUCGGUAUCCCACGACUCCCUUUCCCGCUAAUUAGCCUACCCGAGGCGGCAAAACUGCAAAAGAUUCGGAUUCAGCGCGGUGAAGAAGACCAUACCGACCCAGGCAGCUCCUUUGUAACGAGGGCACAUUCUGAGACGCGAAGCACCAUUUCGUCCACCAACAGCCCCCGAACGCCGCGCUCGGUUCUCUUUUCCAACCACCAGGUCGACGACAGCCGUGAUCAACUGGAAAAGCUCAGUCCCGCCUACUACCGUUGGGACUCUCCACGCAGUCAUGUCUUCGCAAAUGAAUCUAGCGAACGCAUCUCUUCCUUGCAACUUUUGGGUGGCAAGCAGCGGACGCGGAUUCUCAGGACGCCCGACCCGCGUGCCUCAUUCUGGGACUCGGCAGACGAGGAGUUUCGGCAGGUGGCCCCGCGCCUUCUCCGACUGCGUGGUUUUUCAGCUUCGACUAUGGAGCGCAGAGCGCGAGAUGCUCCUCUACAGCUGGAACAAUCGCUCUUUUCCGCCUCCGAAGCACGGCUGAUGGAGUCGGCACGGGCCGACAUCUUGUUUCGAAGACGCUACGCGCAGGAUUGUGAGAAGCGUCUAGCGCUGGUAUUUGUCUCUGUGAUUCUGCUAAGCGUGGUCUUCCCCGUGGCUGGCAUCCUUACCCUCUUGGGCGCGUUCAACUCGACCAUCAGCUGGUGCACGCAUGGUGAGAUGGCGCACUUUACCAUCCGGCAGAGAACGGUUUUGACGCGAGUGCUUUUUGCCGAGCUUGUCUCUUACAUGGGCUUAGUCAUUGUCCUCGCUGUUUACUUUUCUGUCGGACGGUAA